GACGACGAAAGUGCAUGCGAUUACAAUUAAAAAUUUCUUAAACCGCAGUUGUCAAAAUAAAAACCAAGACUAUAUAAAUAUCAUUUACCAUGUCCUAGUGAACACCAUUUUACUAGUUUUAUAAACCAUGUUUAAUUACAAUCUAACUAAUGUGAUCGUACAACACAAUUUGAUUUGAUAAUGCAGUCUAUUUGCUGGACGGGCAGAUUGCUGUCUCGUGCCUUGAGGAAUGGUUUAAGUUUAUCGACUUUGAUUGAUACGAAUGUUAAAAGGGAGCCCCAUUUUGUGUCGGUCGUCUGCGGAUUCCCCAAAGAUUUCUCGUCGGCGUCACUUAGUAGGAAAGGACAGUUUGGGGACGACGCCUGGUUCACUGCUAAGAAUAAAUGUGUCGAUGUUAUAGGAGUAGCUGACGGUGUAGGUGGUUGGAGAGCCUAUGGGAUAGAUCCUGGAGAAUUUAGUUCGUUUUUAAUGAAAACAUGUGAAAGACUUGUGCAAGUCGGAAAGUUUAAGCCAAAUAACCCAGGAAAUCUCUUAGCGAGAAGCUACUGGGAAUUGUUAGAACAUAAGAAACCUAUUUUAGGAAGCAGUACUGCUUGUGUUGUGGUUCUGAAUCGAGAAACCAGCACUGUAUACACUGCUAAUAUUGGUGAUAGCGGUUACAUGGUUGUGAGAGCAGGUGUAGUCGUGCACAGGUCUUCGGAGCAACAGCACUACUUUAAUACACCUUUUCAACUAUCCCUGCCGCCUCCUGGACACAGACACAAUGUUGUCAGCGAUCGUCCAGAGUCUGCAGACACCAGCACAUUUCAGGUGGAAGACGGGGAUGUGAUCCUGGUGGCCACCGAUGGUGUCUUCGACAACGUCCCCGACAGUGUUCUGCUGCAGGAGCUGUCGAAGGUGCAGGGCCUGAAGGACUCGGUCACGUUGCAGAGGACUGCCAACACGAUUGCGUGGAUGGCCAGGAAUCUGUCGUUCGACGGGUCGUACAAUUCGCCAUUUGCCAAAAAUGCCAAGAAGAAUGGCAUCAACAUAGUCGGUGGGAAGCCAGACGACAUAACAGUGCUCCUAGCAACAGUCGUUCUAUGAAAUUCACCCUCGAGCCGUCAUCCAUCUAUUCAUCCCUUCGAACGAUAUAGGCAGUGUCUAAAAAAAUCAUUUUUUAAUGAAGUUCACUACUCAUUCGAUUCGAUCCGAUCAUUUUUUUAUCUAUCAUUCAGGUUUGUUGUUUAGCUUUAAUUAAAUCUUGUAUAUAAUUCUUUUUAGCUAGCUGGCUCUAUGAGUUCUAAAUAGGAAAUUUAAUUUUAACAAAUAAUAUAUAUAUUGUGUACGUUUAUUGUUUUAGUUUUAUUUUGUUUAUUUAUAAGUAGCUUGUAUUUUAAUUGAUAUUAGAGAACAAACUCAUGGCCACAUUAAUGUAUGUAUAUUCAUCGGAACAAAAAAAACGUAAAAAAGGCCUUAGUAGAAAGGGUUACAUGUAAGUGUAUAAGCCAGCUCGCUGUAUAACAGAAAAUAAUAAAUAUACAGAUCUGUUAUUAAUUUGCUUAAUUGCAACAAAGUACUAUUAAUAGUAUAUACUACUGAUGUACCGAUUUAUCCCACUUCUGGUUUGUUAGACGGAGAGCUGAGCGCAAAUUCGUUUGUAAAAUAUUAAUCGAGCGAUUCUGUAAUGUGAAAAUGUCUAUUUGUCGUGCGAUAAGACGUAUUUUACUUAUAAACAAGCAAGGAAGCAUGCAUCAAGGAAGAUUCUGUUAUAAUAACAUUCUUCCUUGCUUUGUUUAUAUGUAAAAUACGCCUGAUCGCACGGCAAAUAGAUAGACAUUUUCACAGUUUUACUACCAAGCAAUAAGAUAGCGUUGCUAUUUUAUGAGGCAGAAUUGUCCUCUAAUACCGUUGAUUACAAGAAUCUUUUUUUUAAACAUAAUUUUUUUUUAAAUUAAAUUGCUGACGCGUAUGCACAAACUAUGUUGAUCAUAUUUAUUAUUUUUGUUUAGAUGAAUACAUUU